UAAACACACACACACGCACGCACACGCACAUAUACACACACUCAGCCUAUCUUAACUGUUUUCUGUCAAGUUUUCUCUCUUCCCCACAUUUAGUAUUUUUAUCCUCAUGGAUAAGCAGCGGGUUUUAGCUUCGCUGCGAACGUUGAUAUUAAUUUUUUAUUUUCUGUGUAUUUCACGAACGUUUCAUUAUGUUCAAGCCCACGGACGCUUAUGGGAACCCGUUGCUCGCUCUAGUAUGUGGCGGAAACACUACGGGACCCCUACAAAUUACCAGGACAACGAACUUUACUGUGGCGGAGUGACCGUGCAAUAUAAAAAAAAUGGAGGUAAAUGUGGUGUAUGUGGAGAUCCAUAUGAUGGACCCCGUCCCAAUGAAGUAAAUGGAAGAUUUGCUACAGGAAUCAUUGUCAGAAAUUAUACAGAAGGCCAACAAGUUGAAGCACAGGUUCAACUGACAGCAAAUCACAAAGGCUGGUUCAUGUUUACACUAUGUCCCAAGAAAAAGUAUUCUGACCCAGAACCUCUAGAUUGUUUUGAGACUCAUCCCCUGCAAAUAGCUGGAAAGAAUAACACGUACAAGUUUCCAAUUACAGCUGAUAUGAAAUUAGUGAAGGUAAACCUCUCGUUACCUAAAGGACUUUCAUGUCCAUAUUGUGUGUUCCGGUGGAAAUAUAAUGCUGGUAAUAGCUGGGGUGUCGAUCCCGUUACGAACGAAGGAUGCAUAGGAUGUGGUAAUCAAGAACAAUUCUAUGGCUGUGCUGACGUCACCAUUUUCCCAGAUCCUAACAAAACAUCUUCAGCUUCAAAAUUUACUUGGAACAAAUAUUAUUUGUGGUUGCUUCUAACUGCUGCUCUUGUCACUGGUUCAGUUUAUUCUGCAAAUAUCUGAAAAAUAAACUAUUGCUGACUUUUUAAUGAACCACAUUCCAUAGACUUACAAAUAAUCACAACUUAAUCUUUACAUGUAUGGGGUGUAUGUGCAUGCGUAUGUAUGUGGGUAUAUAUAUAUCUGUGUGUGUAUAUAUAUAUAUAUAUAUUAGUAU